AUGCAGAAUAAUAAUUGCGAUUAUCUGUCGUUUGCGUACAAUACUCUCCGGUCGAUCGGCGUGUUCUCUUCGAGUGACUCGACGAUAUGGACGCGGCGGGCUUUCGACUUUUAUCGGGCGAUCAUUCUUACGGUCAUGACCUCGGUCAUGGUUCUGAUGAUGGUCCAGAUGUUCGCCGCCACCGCCGACCUGACAAUGUUGGCGAGGACCAUAGACAUUUGGACCAUGCUGUUCUCGGGCAUGUACAAAUGGCUUUACAUGACGGUGUUCAACGGCCGAUUUGCCCGGCUCAAGAGCAAACUGACGGCAAUACAAGCUCAAGGGUCGGCGGCGCACGGGAGCACGGCCGACGCGUUUACGUUCAACUAUUUGAAGCCAAUGCGAAACAUCAGCAUUUGGUAUAUGUUCAGCGGUAUGGUUGCGGCUUUUUUCAUAAUCGUCAGCCCCCUGUUGACCUAUCCAAAGGGCGAUCAAUCUGAUUUUCAAUACUACAACAAUCCAAAAAGUUACCCGGUGAGCAGUUGGAUGCCAUUCACGUUGAACGAAAAUUGGAUGUUUUUAUUGGUUUUUGUCUGCCAUUCUUUUGCGUUGGUGUUCAUCGUAAUGGUAUACUUGGGAAUCGAUACGUAUUUUUUUGGCGCUAUUUAUGCUGUAGGCGGUCAAAUUGAAUUACUAAAUACAUCUCUAAAUAAUAACGAAAACAUUUUGGCACAAUCUGAAUAUCCUUCGUGUACAAACCGGAUUUCAAUUUAUACAGAAAAACAACAAACGCGAUGCUACUCGACACUCCGAGAAUGUGUAAAACACCACAUUCUAAUCCUUGAUUAUAUAACGAAUAUACGUGAACUGUUUAGCACACUUAUAAUUAUGGAUUAUUUACAUGGAAUUACAUCGUUGACAUUUGCAUUAUUUCAGCUAACGAUCAGCGCCAGCGUAAUCGAAUCAAUCAGUGUGAUAUGUUUCAUUUCUGUGAGCGUUUGGCAUCAAUAUCUCAACAAUUUUUUUGGCGAAUUUAUCAUACAAAAACAAUUAAGUGUUGGCACGGUAUUGUAUAACGUUCCUUGGUGGCGAUGCGACAAGAGGAUACGACAAUUGCUGAUGUUAAUGAUUUUGAGAUCUAUUAAACCAACUUUCAUCACAGGGUUUUAUAUGUACAAGUUAAGUUACGAGUCGUUCAUUUCGUUUGUAAAAGCAUUAUACACCUACUACAUGGUGUUGAGGCGAGUCAACGUCAAAGACGAAAAUGCAUGA